UUGAACCAAACCCGCGCCUGUUGGCACUUGCUGCAUUCGCUUUCCUGUCUUCUUGCGCUCGCGGACCCUCUGGAGCCCGCCAGCUUCCUAUUCAAGACGUAUUGCCCCUCGCCCGCCACCAUGUGCCGCACACUAGCUGCCUUCCCCACCACCUGCCUGGAGAGAGCCAAAGAGUUCAAGACACGACUGGGGAUCUUCCUUCACAAAUCAGAGCUGGGCUCUGACACCGGGAGUCUUGGCAAGUUCGACUGGGGCAGUAAACACAGCAAAGAAAGCAAAAGCUUCUCAGAAGAUGUGCUGGGAUGGAAAGAAUCCUUCGACUUGUUGCUGAGCAGUAAAAAUGGAGUGGCUGCCUUCCACACUUUCCUGAAGACAGAGUUCAGCGAGGAGAACCUCGAGUUCUGGCUAGCCUGUGAGGAGUUCAAGAAGAUCCGAUCAGCUGCCAAGCUGAGCUCCAGGGCUCAACGCAUCUUUGAUGAGUUCAUUCGCAGUGAAGCCCCUAAAGAGGUGAACAUAGACCAUGAGACCCGGGAACUGACAAGGACAAAUCUGCAAGCUGCCACAGCCACCUGUUUUGAUGUGGCUCAAGGGAAGACACGCACGCUGAUGGAGAAGGACUCUUACCCACGCUUCCUGAAGUCCUCUGCUUACCAAGACUUGGCUUCCCAAGCCUCAGCCGCCACCACAUUCACAUCCAGCUGCAGCCCGGCUGAACCCUCACACACAUGAGCUGCUAGGCUGUGAGGAAGCCAGUUGGAAGCGAGGUGGGGUCACCCUUCCCCGAGGCGGCUGCCCCUGCAUGGAAGGCAGGCUCUGCCCUGCAAGUGCAAGAGGACAGUGAAGGGAAAGAGUUCCCAGAAGCCUGGACAAACAAGAUCAUCCAUCCCCCUCCUCCAGAUACUGUGCGAGAGGGGCUGCCACUUCCUGUGGUUAAGGGCUGACCAGGGUGGCCACGUGGGGCUCUCUGGGGGAAAAGAAUGAGGUGCACAGCUAAGCACUUACUCUUCCCAUGGGUGAGGAAGCAUUCCAAGGUGGGAAACAGAGUGGAAAAGAUGACCACAUCAGCUGUUUGCCUGCAGAUCAGUUGACUUUGAUGGAAUCCUCUUUUCCUAAUUCCCAGAUAGGGCCCGGAAGGAACUGAAGUUAUAGAAUCUUUGCGUUCUGCCCUCCUCACCUGUCCCAGGUCACUCUAGUGUCCCUGAGCUUCGGCUUCUUAACACUCUACUGUGUCCAUCUUCAAGGUCAGCGAGUCAAUGUGAUUUCUUGCCCAGGAGGAGAUUUGUAUACCUCAAAAGCUGGCCUGGAGCCCCUCUCCAGGUCAGGAGUGAGUUCUGAAUGAGAAAUGAGUGCUCCUGGGACCCCGGUUUGGGUGCUUUGGGGGCGGGGGCUCUUACAGCUGGCUCCUGACCCUGAGUGUGUAGCACGAUCCACUUAAACCAGAGUCUAUUGAAGGGCCUUGCUGAGUUCUUUCCUGCCCUUGCAGGUGGGCUGAGGGAGGAGGGGGGUGGGAGGCCUCAGGCAGCUACUCCACUUCUCAUGCCAACCAGUGUGGAAUGAGGGAGAAAGGGAUCCUAAGAAACAAAUCUCUUGCAGAGCCCGGAAAUUCUCCUGAAAGCAAGGAAAAAAGAGAUGCCCAGGGUAGAAGGAAUGCCUGUGUUUCUUUCCUGAUACACACUGGAGGGUUGGGAGUGAUGGGGACAGGGGACCACACUAACCCUGGGACAGAAGACAGAAGCUGGGAGGGAAGUUGGGGACAGCGCUGCUUGGAAGAGUAUCAUCUGGGAGGAAGUUAGACUACCUGUCACCCCAGGGCCUCACUGAACAAACCUUGUGGCCAAGACUUCCUGUACUGAGCCCAGGAUAGGGAGAUGAGUUUGCCAGGCAGCCCAAUAACCCCUUCCCCCUGGGGUGGGGGUGGGGGUGCUCAGGAUAACACUGUUCUCUCUGCACUUGAGCUGCUCCAGGAGGAAAUUAUUUAAGUACUAUUGGUAUUGUGUUGAUUGUCAUAUUUUUUGUUGUUACUUCUGUUGCUGAUAUUAUUUAUUACCGCAAUUUGUUUGCCUCGACUGGAGAAUUUCAGCAGGAGUUGCUGCCUGCCUGUCCCCCUUUCUCCACCAGACUCUACCUCUGCAUGUGUUAGGAAAACCACUGAGGAAUGUCUGGAACGCCUCACUGUUUUAAUAUUUAUUUAUUGUUGACAAAGGGAGCUGGAUUCCUUGAUAUGAAUGAUGUAUGCAAUCCCCAAUGUUCCUGUUUCAGCAUGUUAUAUUCUUAUAAAAUAAAUAAAAAAACCCAAAUGCAA